AUGAAUCCUCUCUAAAAACUUAAAUAAAUCUCAACUAAUAUUGAUGAAUCUUAGAAUAUGAUUGAAUAAGAAAAUAAAACAACUUAGAAUAUAAUUCAAUGUCAUUGUUGUAAAUAGAUUGUUGAUUCUAAAUAUAGUAAACUUAAUGCUAAAUAUAUAUGCUUCUAAUGUUUAGAUUAAAUCUCUCUCUUAAAAGUCAGAUAUGAUUUAUAAUCAUAAUCUAAAUUAUUUAAAAGUCCUGCUAAUAAAUACUAUUGUAAAUUAACUAUGACACCUACAUCUCAAUUUGAUUUUACUCUCUCUUAAUGCUAAGUAUGUUAUUAAAAUAAAAUCUUAAUCAAAGUGUGUGAUAACAAUCACUUUUUUUGUGAAGCAUGCCUAUAAACAUUCAUUUAAAAUAAUUUUUAGAAUACUGUAAAUUGCAUUCAAUUUAAUUGUAAAUCUAAUAUAAACUAUCAACUAAUGUAUUUAUACCUUGAACCUGAUUAACUAAUAAAAUGGAUACCUAUAACACAAUAAAUACAUUGUAUAGGAUAGUACUGUUCUGGGAUUUGGUCUGUAUGGCCUACCUAUAUCUAAAGUAAUGUGGAAAUCACUUCCUUUAAUUAAUGCAAAUGUUAAUUAUGUCAUAUUUAAUUCUGUUUUAAAUGCAGAACUGUUCAUACUGGUCUUAUAUGCAACAAUGAUAUCUUAUUUGAGAACUAUCAAAAAUAAUAAAAAUGUUUUAGAUGUUAUUGUUGUAACACUUUAUGUUAACCUUAAUUUUGUCAUAAAAAUGAUGAAAUCAAAAAAUUUAAGUAUCAUAUUUAAUUUUAUAUUUAGAGAAUGGAAAUCAAAUAUUUAUGAAUGUUAUAUUUGUAAGAAACAAUUUUGUUAUGAUUGCCAAUCUUAAACUAGAAUUACAUUAUUUUCAAAUUAAUAAUGUGAUAAUUGUUUAAAUACUUUUAAUAUUUAGAGAAAGAAAUAAAAAAGAAUUCCAAUAAUCAAGAAAAUAUUUUAAUUUCUAUUCACAGCAUUAAUCUUAGUGUUAUUUUCAAUAUAUUCAAUGAUCUUUAUUUAAAUUCCUCAAAUAAUAGAUUAUUUUGUAAAUAAGAUUGAUCCCAUAUGCUAAAGUCAAAAUCCUGUUAAGAUAAUUCUAUUAAUCAUUAACAUACCUUUUAUUAUUGUUAUAUUAGUUCUCGUUUACGCAAUUACACUGAUCCCAUUAGCAAUAUAUAAUAGUUUUUAAACUUUUAUAGUUAAAAAAGGAAUUAUUAAUUAUGAUAUAUGA